CGCCAGCGGAGCCGGGAGCCGGGCAGAGCGGCACGGAGCGCCGCCUUCCCCCGCCGCCAGCGGUCGCCCGCGCUCCCGCCGAGCGCCUCCCCUUGGCCGCACCGGCCGCGGGAGCUGGGCGGCGGUGGUGGGGGAGGCGGGCGGGAGGCCUCCCCGCGGGGCGGAGCCCGGAGCUAGCGGCGGGGGCGCGGAAAUCGAGGCCGGGGCUCCGUCGCGGCCUGCUCGCUGUUGCCGCUGCUGUUGCUGCUGCGGGAAGAGGCGGGGAGGCCCCGCCGCCGCCGCCCCCGCCGCCGGCCUUUGUCUCCGCUGGGCUGGGCGGACGCGGCGGGGGCAGUUAGAAUGGAACAGACUGAAGGCCCUAUGAGAAAAAGGGAAAGCUAAGGAUGCUGGAGCAGAACAAUGGAUUUCUCUUUCUCUUUCAUGCAAGGGAUCAUGGGAAACACAAUUCAGCAACCACCUCAACUCAUUGACUCGGCCAACAUCCGCCAGGAGGAUGCCUUUGACGGCAGCGGCGACGUCGCCGAGGACGGCGGCCAGACGCCCUACGAGGCUGCCCUGCAGCCAGGCUUCCCCUACCCCACGCCCACGCCCGAGGAGCUGCCCCCCAUCGCCAACGGCUACCCGCCCGCCAUCGGCGCCUACGAGCCCCAGGCCAAGUACCAGGCCUACGCCCAGUACCCCAACGGCUCGGCCAACGGCUUCGGGGCGGGCCGGACCUUCAGCCCCCCGGAGUACUACCACGUGGAGAGCUCCGGCGGCGCCCGGCCGCACGACGGCCUGGAGAGGCCUUCCCCCCCGCAGCCGCCGCCCGCCCCGGCCCACCCGGCCGGCCCAAAGAAGACCGGCUCCCCGGAGAUCAAGCUAAAGAUAACCAAAACCAUCCAGAACGGCAGGGAACUGUUCGAGUCCUCCCUCUGCGGGGACCUGCUGCACGAGGUGCAGGCCAGCCAGUGCGCCAAGGCCAAGCACGAGGGCAGGAAGGAGAAGCGGAAAAAGAGCGGCAAGCACGACCCCUCCCGCGCCCAGGAGCGCAGGGCGCACAAGGUGCCCAAGCUGGAGCCCGAGGAGCAGAGCCUCUGUGAUACUGAUUUCUGUCUCUCCCAGCCUCAGGAGGGAAGGGUGGUGAGUGGCAGUGAUGGGGAAGUUGCUGUACCAGGCCAGGACAGAAAUGGCCCAGCUCAGGCUGUUACAGGACAUAGCCAAGUUUUUAGACCAAAUGAGAGGCUUAGCAUGGUGGCAGAGAGACCAAGAGAAGAUGCAGUGGUGGAGGACACCCCGGUCCAGCAGCUGUUGCCUUCUCUCCCCACACAAGCCACCCACGACAUCAAGUUUCAGGUUGGCGAUCUGGUUUGGUCCAAGGUGGGAACAUACCCGUGGUGGCCUUGCAUGGUUUCAUGUGACCCACAGCUUGAUGUUCAUACCAAAAUCAAUACAAGAGGUGCCCGUGAAUACCACGUUCAGUUCUUCAGCAACCAGCCGGAGAGGGCCUGGGUGCACGAGAAGAGGGUGCGGGAGUACAGGGGACACAAACAGUAUGAGCAGCUCCUGGCUGAGGCUGCCAAGCAAGCCAGCAACCACUCUGAGAAACAGAAGAUCCGCAAGCCCAGGCCGCAAAGGGAGCGAGCUCAGUGGGACAUUGGCAUCGCCCACGCCGAGAAAGCCUUGAAAAUGACUCGGGAAGAAAGGAUAGAGCAAUACACCUUCAUUUAUAUAGACAAAGAGCCAGAGGAGGCUUUGUCAAAAGCCAAAAAGACUGCUGCUGCCAAAUCGGAGAGCAAGAAGAACCGGCGGCCCAAGCCCGCCCCCAGCAGCCAGCCCGAGCACAGCAGCGCCGGAGCAGCGUCGCCGGCCGGGGCCGAGGGGCGCAGGCAGAGCCAGCGGCGCCACUCCAGCGUGGAAGAGGAGGAGCCACCUCCCGUCAAAAUCGCCUGGAAAACAGCUGCAGCUAGGAAGUCCUUACCGGCCUCCAUCACCAUGCACAACCUGGACCUGCAGAAAUGUAACAUGUCUCCAGUGGUUAAAAUUGAGCAGGUCUUUGCCCUCCAGAACGCUGCCGGGGACGGGAAGCUCAUCGAUCAGUUUGUUUAUUCCACUAAGGGAGUUGGUAACAAACCAGAAAUCAGCAUCAAAGGGCAGGAGAAACUCAACUCUUCCUCCAGCCAGAGAAAUGAAAAAGCAGCAGUGCAGAAUGUGUCCUCUCCUGAAACAACUUCAGGGUCGACAGGUUCAGUAGAAAAGAAGCAACAGAGAAGAUCAAUUCGAACCCGCUCAGAGUCUGAGAAAUCCACUGAAGUUGUGCCAAAGAAGAAGAUCAAAAAGGAGCAGGUUGAAAUGGUUCCACUGACAGCAGUGAAGACAGGACUGCAGAAAGGUGCCAGCGAGAUUUCAGAUUCUUGUAAGCCUUUAAAGAAGAGGAGCCGCGCCUCGACCGACGUGGAGCUGACCAGCUCGGCAUACAGGGACACCUCUGACUCUGAUUCCAGGGGACUCAAUGACGUGCAGGGUAGCUUUGGAAAGCGCUCAGACAGCCCUUCAGCUACAGCUGAUGCUGAUGCCUCUGAUGUGCAGUCAGUAGACUCCAGUUUAUCCAGGAGAGGAACUGGAACCAGUAAGAAGGACAGUGUUUGUCAGAUCUGCGAGAGCUCAGGCGAGUCGCUGGUGUCCUGCGAGGGCGAGUGCUGCAGUGUCUUUCACCUGGAGUGUCUGGGCCUGAAGUCCAUGCCUGAGGAGAAGUUCAUCUGCACUGAGUGUAAAAAUGGGGAGCACACCUGCUUCUCCUGCAAGCUCCCUGGCAAGGACGUGAAGCGCUGCUCCGUCAGCACCUGCGGCAAGUUCUACCACGAGGCCUGCGUCCGCAAGUUCCCCACGGCCCUCUUCGAGUCGCGCGGCUUCCGCUGCCCCCAGCACUGCUGCACCGCCUGCUCCGUGGAGAAGGACAUCCACAAAGCCAGCAAAGGUCGCAUGGUGAGAUGUUUCAGAUGCCCCAUUGCCUAUCACUCAGGAGAUGGCUGUAUUGCUGCAGGAAGCUUGUUUGUGUCAUCCCACAUUCUCAUCUGUAGUAACCAUUCCAAAAGGAAUCACUCCUCAUCAGCUGUAAAUGUAGGCUUUUGUUUCGUUUGUGCAAGAGGGUUGGUAGUGCAGGACCAUUCAGACCCCCUGUUCAGUUCAUAUGCCUAUAAGUCCCACUACCUACUGAACGAAUCAAAUCGUGCUGAGUUGAUGAAAUUACCUAUGAUUCCUCCUCCUCCUUCGUCAGCUUCCAAACAGAAAUGUGAGAAAGGUGGAAAACUGUUGUGCUGUGAAUCCUGCCCAGCUUCCUUCCACCCUGAGUGUCUCAACAUAGAAAUGCCUGAGGGAUGCUGGAAUUGCAAUGACUGUAAAGCUGGCAAGAAGCUACGGUACAAGCAGAUCGUUUGGGUCAAGCUUGGAAAUUACAGGUGGUGGCCAGCAGAGAUCUGCAAUCCCAGGUCUGUGCCUCUCAACAUACAGGGCCUCAAACAUGAUAUCGGGGACUUCCCAGUAUUUUUCUUUGGUUCACAUGACUACUAUUGGGUACACCAGGGCAGAGUUUUCCCUUAUGUUGAAGGAGAUAAAAGCUUUGCUGAGGGGCAAACUAGUAUUAACAAGACCUUCAAGAAAGCACUUGAAGAAGCUGCAAAGCGCUUCCAGGAGCUGAAAGCACAAAGAGAAAGCAAAGAGGCGUUGGAAAUUGAGAGGAAUUCGAGGAAACCUCCACCUUACAAACACAUUAAAUCCAACAAGGUGAUAGGGAAGGUUCAGAUCCAGGUGGCCGACCUGUCGGAGAUCCCUCGCUGUAACUGCAAGCCCUCGGACGAGAACCCCUGCGGGCUGGAGUCUGAGUGCCUCAACAGGAUGCUGCAGUACGAGUGCCACCCCCAGGUGUGCCCCGCGGGGGAGCGCUGCCAGAACCAAUGCUUCACCAAAAGGCUCUACCCCGACGCCGAGAUCAUCAAGACCGAGCGGCGGGGGUGGGGCCUCAGGACAAAGAGGAGCAUUAAGAAGGGGGAGUUUGUCAACGAGUAUGUUGGUGAGCUGAUCGAUGAGGAGGAGUGCAGGCUGCGGAUCAAACGCGCCCACGAGAACAGCGUCACCAACUUCUACAUGCUGACUGUGACCAAGGACCGGAUCAUCGAUGCUGGCCCCAAGGGGAACUACUCUCGUUUCAUGAACCACAGCUGUAACCCAAACUGUGAAACCCAGAAGUGGACAGUGAAUGGAGACAUCAGAGUGGGACUCUUUGCUCUCUGUGACAUUCCUGCAGGAAUGGAAUUAACAUUUAAUUAUAACUUGGAUUGCCUGGGCAAUGGUAGGACCGAGUGUCACUGUGGAGCAGAGAACUGCAGUGGUUUCCUAGGAGUGCGGCCAAAGACAGCGUUUGCAACGGCGAACGAAGAGAAGGUGAAGAAUGCAAAACUAAAGCAGAAGAAGAGGAAAAUCAAAACAGAGCAGAAGCAGAUGCAUGAGGACAACUGCUUCCAGUGUGGAGAUGGGGGAGAGCUCGUCAUGUGUGACAAGAAGGACUGUCCCAAAGCAUACCACCUCCUAUGCCUUAACCUGACUCAACCACCUUUUGGAAAGUGGGAAUGUCCCUGGCAUCAGUGUGACAUCUGUAGCAACCCUGCAGUUUCCUUCUGUGAGUUUUGCCCUCGCUCCUUCUGCAAAGAUCACGAGAAGGGAGCCCUGGUGGCGUCAGCCCUGGACGGCCGUCUCUGCUGCUCCACACACGACCCCAAAUCUCCCGUGGCACCCGAGUACUGGAGCAAGAUCAAGUGCAAAUUGGAACCACAGAAUCCUGCAGAAGAAACCAAGGAGUGAAUUUGGUUCUAAACAAGAAGAAAGGAGGGGGAGAAGAGGGGGCAAACAGGCAACGAACUUGAAGAGACUGCUAGGACACAUUCAGUCUGCCAUGGGAGCUGUCGUGUCUGGCCUGGGACCAUUUAACCUUAGCAAGCAGAAGCAAGGAGCUGGUGUUUGGUUUUUAUUCUUUGGUCAUUCUUUUACCCUUGAAUGUGCUACAGCAGCUCUUACUGUUGGGAACCAGGAAACAUCUUGGCCUUUCAAAGCAAAAAUGCAGACCUGUUGGGUUUGUUGGGUU